AAGAAACAAACAAAUAAAUUUUUGCAAAUUACAGAAGCGCUUUAUUUCAAAUUACUAAAAACCAAAAUAAAACAUAUUCAUGAAAUUUACGGGAUAUUAUUAUCAUGCUCUAUGUGCUCUUCGAAUUAUUCUCGCAUGUUGUCCUCAAACAGGAUAUAUUCACCCAGAUGAACAUUUUCAGGGGCCAGAGAUUGUUUAUGGUGAUGUUUUAAAUCUGAAAAUUCAUAAAACAUGGGAAUUUACAGAAGAAAAACCUAUUCGAAAUAUUAUCUUUCCAUAUUUUAUUAUUGGAUUGCCUGCACUUCUAAUGGAAUUUACAGGUUUAAAAAGUUUCUAUGGAACUUCUUUAUUUCCCUAUAUUUUGCUUGUCAUGCCAAGGAUAAUUAUGUGUUUUCUAUCAUUUCUAAAUGACUAUUUGAUUUAUAAAAUAUAUGUUUUAAUGAAAAAAGAUCAUAAAAUACCUUUAUUGCUAUUUUCCUCUUCUUAUGUAACAAUAGUAUAUCUUACUAGAACAUUUUCUAAUAGCUUGGAAGUUUUAUUUUUUAGUCAUGUGAUCUUCAUUUUAUGUAAAUUUUUGUUCAUUCAGAAGAAUUAUGAAAAUUCAGAUGAAAAUAAAUAUACAGCUUGUUUAAAGUUAAGCUUUCUUUUUGGAGUUACACUUGCUGCUGGAAUUUUCAACAGACCAACUUUUGUAUGCUUUACUGCUUUUCCAGUUUUGUUAUUCUUUUUCCUUAUAUUACAACUUGGAAGAAAUUUUGAAAACUGUGUGCUUUAUUUUGUUUCCUUUGUUGUUGGUAUAUUUUGCAUAACUUUCAGUUUUAUUGCUGUUGAUUCUUUGUAUUAUAAUAAAUUUCAUUAUACUUCAUUAUUUAAUUUACAAAAACAUUUAACUGUCACUCCAUUAAAUUUUAUUUUAUAUAAUAUAAAUAAAAAAAAUUUAAAUUCUCAUGGUCUUCAUCCAUAUUGGUUACAUAUAUGUGUUAACAUUCCUCUUCUUUUUUCAUUAUAUGGUGUAUUAAUGAUAUUAUAUUUAAUUAAGUAUUUAAUUAAAAUUUUUAAGCAAAACUUUUUAAAUCUGGAAAUGUUUUUGCUUUUAUCUUUUGCCACACCUUUAUUUCUCUUAUCAUUAAUACCACAUCAAGAACCUCGAUUUUUAAUUCCUUUAUUGUUUCCAUUUGUGUUACUUCAAUGCUAUUUUUCUUCUAAUAGAAUUUUCAGGAAAUAUAUAUUUGUUUACUUAUGGUGUUUUCAGAACAUUAUAAGCAUAUUAUUUUUUGGAUUUUUACACCAAGGUGGUGUAUAUUUAUCCUUAUCAUAUAUUCACUCAUUUCUAUUAGAUCAUUCUAACUGUGCCUUAGUAUUUUAUAAAACAUACAUGCCUCCCAGGUAUGUGUUGGGUUUAACUGAAGAAUACAAUAAAGUUAAAAUAUAUGAUUUUGCUGGCAUUGAUAUUGGUGAAUUUGAAAUUCAAAUUAAUAAUAUGAUUUUUCAGUCUGAUCCUAGAUAUAUUCAUUUUGUGGUUCCACAUGAUGUAAGUGUAUCAGUUGAUAAUUUAAAUAUAUUGAAAUCAAAAUACAAAUUACAACACAGAAAUUAUAUAUAUCCUCAUUUAAGCACUGAAAAUCUACCAAAAUACAAUGAGUUUAUGGAUAUAAUUUACACAAAUUCAUCUUUACUGCAUAAAAUUCAUCAGUUUAAAAAAGUGUUUAGCAUUUGUAUUCUAACAUUUAAAGUAAAUACAACUUAACACAUUGUGUAUGGCGCUCAACGCGCUGUCAGAGCCUGCAUAUUUUUAAAUGCUCUAGAAGCAUGCAUGCAAGCACUAGGAUGCAGUAUUCCUAAAUGUUACUAUAUAUUUUAUACAUCUAUUUAUUAUAUAAGAUUUUUUGUAUUUUUAAAUGCUGUUUCCUUACAAAUUAAAACACGAACUUUAAAAUAACAAAAGGUACAAUAAUAAAACACUUUAUAAGGGACGGUAAACAAUCCACACAGUUCUACCGGCUGUACUGACUGAUUGUUUCCGCAUGCUUGGAAUGUCAGCAUUCAGUUAUUUUGCUAAUCAUUUGUUAUGCAUAAGGCUUUGUUACCCUUGUAGCAUAACAAAAAUAUUUGCCUGUGGUUGGUUAUGCAUUGAUUCAGCCGAAAAACGAAAACGAGAUAACUCGUGAUACACCCGCAAUGUUCGGUCUUCUAAAAAUGAGAAAUCUUGUGACCCAUAUGCAAUGUGUUAACAGAGAACAUAUGAGCACUUUGAAAUAAUUUUAGUUUAAAUAUUUUUAUUAAGUAAUUAUAAUUAUACAAUUGUAAAAAGCUGCUAUAUAAUUAAUAUUUUCUAAAUUAUUAAUUAAUUUUCAGUAAAAUUAUAUAUUUAUGAAAAUUUGAAUCUUGAAAAGAUUUUUCUGAAGAAAUAAUUUAAAUAUUUAGCAAACUUUAAUACUUGUAAACCAAUUGAUCAUCAAAAUCAACUAGUAUAUACAUAUAAUUGUUUUAUAAAUGUUUAAGCUUUAUUUUUCAACUUCCCAAUCAGCCAAUUAUUUUGAUGUGAUAACAGAAUGCCAAAAAAUAGCUGUUUAUUCAGAAUGAAUUAUGUUUUCAAAAUAAUGAAAUUUGGAAUUUUCUCAUAUUUAAAUCAUAAAUAAAUACAUUAAUAAAUAUCAAUUUGCUAAUUUAGAGCAAAAAUUGAAGAAUAUAAAAAAUUAGUUGAGUCGUUUGGAGGAUUAAAUUACACAAAUAGAUCCCUAAAUUAUUAAUUUAUUUUCACUGCAAUUUUAUAUUUAACACACAAAUCAUAUUAUUGCUUUGCCAGACCCCAUUGUCUCCCAAAACAAUUUUUGUAAAAUUCAUCUUUCAGACUUUAGUUUUCAAAGUAAAGCUCUUCCUAGUUACAUGAUCAAGAAUCUCUUUGAAAAAACUAUAUGCAAACAAUUUCAAGAUUUUUUCAUAAUCGCAAUGGAAUGCUUAAAAAUUCCAAACUUUCACUUCUAUUGUGGGCAUCUCUUGUAAGCAAUCUUUUAUCUAUAGAAUUCACCCUAUCAAUUCCAUAUUUACAACUGAAGUCUUGGCACUUUGUCAAGCUCUAGAUGAACUUUCAGUAACAGGGAAAAAUCUGCUUUUGUUGACAGACAGCUAUUCUGCCCUUCAAGCUUUAAUAUGCCUCUCAAUUAAAUCUCCAAAAGUCAUUCAUAGACUAGCUAGCAAAAUUCAAGCACUGGGAAAACUUAAUCAGAGAAUAUGUUUAGUAUUUUAAAAAAAGGGAAACAAUUCAUAUUAAACAUUACAGAAUGUACUUGAUAUAUGUUUCUGUAUCAUUUAAAGCAAUUUAUUUGUUAAGAUACAGUGUUUCAGUGAAAAUAUGAUUGUAUCUUUAUUUAUCAAUUGCAUGCGAUAUUGUUUAUUAUAUUCU